UAGUUUUGGCAGCGAACGCUGUGCGACGUUAGCGGCCAAUCUCAAAAGACGACGCAGCGCGCGUGUGUGUGUGUGUGUGAGAGAGUGCGUACACGUAUGUAUGUGUGUGUAGGCGUGUUGUGCUUAGAUGAAAGUGAAACAAGUUAACAGUGGAAGCUGUUUAAAGGCAACCAAAAAAGCUCCAACAAAAUAGUAACAUAAAUUGAGAAUACAAUAAGUGAAGUUAUCGAUAUACAUAAAAGCAGUGAUAAACAACAACAAUAAACAACAAAUUUCGGUGGCCGGCUUAACCAUGCGCCACUAGGCGUAUACGUAAUUAUUGUUAAGUGCUUCGCAUGGCAAAAUGAAUACAACAAACACGAAAAUGACAUUAAAAUGGCGUCAAAAAUACAAAAGCAGAAAAAGGCCAAAGAAACUGAAACAACGAACCACAACAACAAACACAAAUAUUGCAACAAACACUGCCGCAACUGCAAAACACUUCAGACUGAGCGUGGAUGGGGUUAAAGGGCAGUUAAAUGAGCGCCACAUAACUGUCACACAAAUGUUUCAAAUGCCAGCAACAACAAUUGCAACACAAUGUCAUGCAAUUAAGGCUUCCAGUCAAAGUCAACGUCAACCUAAACAUCAACGUCAACGCCGCAGUCAGCGACACGUAAAUGCAACGUCAACGUCGACGCUGACGCUGCUGCUGGCACUGGCAGCAGUUGCCACAACAACAGCAGCAGCAGCUGCGGCCGCAACAGCAGCAGCCGUUGCAGUUGCCGCCGCAUCCACAUCAAACGCUGCCAAACCUGCCAAUUUGUCUGGCUAUGGUUCCAGCUCCGGUUCCGGUUCCAGUUCCGGAACGGGCUGUUCACUCGCCGAGUUUAGCUGCUCGAAUGGACGUUGCGUUCCGCUCAGCAAAUUCUGCAACAACAACAACGAUUGCGGCGAUGGCAGCGAUGAGCCGCGCUUCUGCACACGUUGUAAUCGCACCUACUAUGGAGACAUUGGACAGACUUACUCCUUGGAGCUGCAUCGGCCCAAACAGGAUCGUGUGCCCUUUGUCUGUGUGCUUACGUUCACGGCAGCGGGCGGACAGCACGGCGAUGUAGUACAGGUUACCCUGGACAGCUUUACGAUUGGCCGCUUCACCAGCUACGUGCACGAGGGCUGCCCCGACGGCUAUAUGCAGAUAGCAGAGUCCGCGCGGACCCCAAUCGGUGGCAUGUGGUGCGGCAGUUCGUGGGGACCAGUUUUAUUCUACAGCGAAACGCGCUCGCUAAUAUUCACCAUCAAGCUAAACAGGUUGGCUCGGGAUCAAAGCGGAUACAACUUCGAUUUUCGUAUUAGGUACAAGGUGCUCUCAAAGGAUAGCUCGGUGACGCGCUACGGCGGCAUUAAGCUGGCAGAGCUCAGCCAGUGGCACAAUCGCAGCAGCUUUCUCAAUCCCCAACAGCAACAGGCUCAAGCCUCCGGCUCAGUCUUGGAGGACUUUACAAAUUCCAGCGGCGCUCGCUCUGAUCGCUAUGGCCAGGACUUUAGUCUGUUUAGCGCCUACGCGAAUAACAAGACAUUCAUGGACUCUCUGGAGAAGCCGCUGCCCAAGGACGAGCACAACUACACAGAACCCAAAUAUUAUCUGGGUGAUCUUAUACCAGGCACCUACUGCUCGCGCAUCUUCAGCGACUGCGACAAGAAGCCCUGCCGCCUGCAGUCACCCAACUAUCCGGGCAUCUAUCCGCGCAAUCUCACCUGCUAUUAUGCAGUGCGACAGCACGACGUGCCCCAUGGCAAACAUGCGCUGAUUCUAGUUAAACAGCCCAAGGGGAAUCUCGUUUGGAUCUCCACGCAGGAGACAUCGGCCACAAACAAAAUGGCGCCGCCGCCGCCAAGUGCCAGCGACAAGGACAAGAAACUGGAGCCGAGGCUGAAAACAUGGAAUGACUGCGAUUACAUUCAGGAAAAUGUGAAAACCAAGUGGAAAUCGACGGACUACGUGACCGUAUACGAUGGCUAUACCACGCGUGACCCCAUCAUUUUGAAAUUUUGCGGCGGCGGUCAGGCGGUGCCCGCGGCCGUAUCUAGUGGGCCGGAGCUGCUGGUGGAGUUUAGCACAUCGCCAUUUGGCACCUUCACGGGCACCUCGUCGCAGCUGCUGCCGCUCUAUGGCUUUCAAUUGGAGGUUGAGGUUCAAUUCGUGGACAUACAGAGCCCCACGUACUCGAAGAACAAAAAACCCUGCGAGUUCUGGAUACGCGGCACCGGCCGUGGCAUUCUCGAGAAUCCCAAGCACUCCCUGGCUCCCAAUUCGACGUGCCUCUACCAUCUGCAAGGCAUGGGCGUCUUCAAGACCUUCGACCACCUCAGUCUGUCGCGUCGCACGAGCAGCCAGUCGGGCAUGCAUCAGCCGCUCUCACGCUUCAAGGUCUGGAUCUCUGUGCUCAAGUUCAAUCUGGAUCCGGAAUUCGGGCAAAUGGACGAGACGUCUGUGGGUGCAAUUGGCGUGCUGCAAACACAGGAAGACUGCAGCGGCAUGCUGCGCAUCUGGGAUGGCACUCUGAGGGAUGUUCCGGUCUGCAAGGAUCUCAACUGCGCCAAUGAGCCAAGCCAGGGCUACAGCUCGCUUGGACACUAUGCACACAACUCGACCAAUGUGAUAGCGCGCUUCUGUCGCGGCACCAUUCCGCGCACCUGCGAUCGCUCCAACAUUAACGAGACCUUCGCACGGCCCUGCACCAUCUCCGAGAGCUAUGUGUCCAGUAGCGAUUCCAUCACGCUGGAGCUGCGCAACACAGAGUCCACAGUGCUCAGGCCCCUCGACUUUAAGCUGAAAUACGAGUUCAUCGAUCUGCAUCAGGAUGGUCUACCCCAAGGUGGCGGUGAGCUGGACUGCAAUCGCAAGUUCGUCAGCAGCCUGAUGGAUCGCAAGGAUCCGGCAAUCUUUCGCAGCGUGCGCAACAUUUUCCUCUUCGGGCGCGGCGGCACGCGGCAUCUGAAGUGCGUCUACCGCUUCGAGGCGCUGCGUGGGGAACGAGUACGCAUCAAGCUGCGCAAGGUGACGACCUCGAAUCGAGAUUGCUACUCACGUCUGGAUGAGGACAUCAAUCGAUCCUUCUGCUAUGGCGAUACGAAUGUGCGCGUCGAGAUCUUUGAGCGUCCCUAUUCGGACUCCAUUCUGCUGCAUCGCGGCUGCGUCUGCAACUCCUCCAAUCAGUCCCACCUGCCGGUCGAGUACACCUCGACGGGCCGCGAUGUGGAGGUCCACUUCACAGCCCACAAUAUGACCACACUGGACGAUCCGGACACGGCGAACUUCGAGGGCAUGUUCGAGUUUGUAAAGGCGCCCACCAGCUGCAAGGAUGGCCGACGCAAGUUCGGACCCAGCGGCACCAUCGACAUGACCUUUGGUGAUAUCGAAUGCCGCUCGAGACCCUGGCUCAUCGAGCCCUCCAACGGCAACAAGUUUCUCUAUGUACGCCUCAAGGCCAUCUUCCUGAGCAAACACAAUCCGAAGAAGACCUUGAACGCCACCCACUUGGAGACGAACAGCUGGCGCUGCGAGACCAAAUCCCGAGCAGUGCUCACCACCUCGGAGGGUCUCACCAUUGUGGCCUGUCCGCUGAGUCCCGACUCGAAUGCCUAUGAAUUCGUGGAGAUCUUCAGCUCCGGCUGGAAUGAGCGACCCAAUUUCGCGCUGAUGAAUCGCUCGCGCGCCAUCAGCGUGGAGUUCCUGCGCCCCAGCAAUGGGGAAUACAGCUUCAAUUGGAUGGAACUGGUGCCCAGGCCCACGCUCAGCAUAGCCGAGGAUUGCCAGUUCAAGUGCGCCGAGCUGGGCGCCUGUGUGAAUGCGAGCGUCUGGUGCGACGGCAUCGUGCACUGCCCCUCGGGCGACGACGAGGCCUUCCUCCAAUGCUCCGCUCUGAUGAAACUGCCCGCCGAAAUUCUAGCCACGCUCUGCCUGAUCUUUGUGCUCUCGUGUUGUGCUUUCGCUGCCUUUGCCUACAAAAAAAUCAAACGGAAAUUGCGCGGCUCCUCGGUGCUGCAGACGCGGCUCAAGUCGCUCAGCUCGAUGGAUACGGCUGUGCUGGAUGAAAAGGAGAUGAGAACGAGCAAAGUGGUCGUCGUCGCUGAGACCAAGGCCUAGAAAAUAAUAUUGGGCAGCAACAACAACAACAACAACAACAGAGAGAGGGUGAGAGAGAGAGAGAGGGAGAGUGGGAGAUCAGUGAGAAUACGAUCUUAAAUCCAAUAUUUCCAAACAACUCUAAGUAUUGUAAAUAAGCAAAAUAGAAAGCAAAUAGAUACUAUAUAUAUAUAACAAUUUUA